GUUGGCAACAUUGUUCAUAAUAAUAAUCUCUGAUCAUAAUGUCCGCGUCGUGAAAAUUACAAGUGUUUUGCAACGCAGUAAAAAAAUAAACAAAUAAUUAUUAUUGUGUUCUUCUUUAAAAAAGUUGAUAAUUUGACAAUUUUUUUUUUAUUUUUUGUUCCUCUAUUGUCGUGAUGAACUGACACUUGAAGCUGGUUCUAAAUCUCACCAAGCAAGAAGGUUUUAGUAAACAUGAGCUCUCAUCAUCAUUUAAAAACAUCCACCGGAGAAGUUGAGCAUAUUAACCAUCUUUCUGAGGAUAUCGGGGCUCUUUAUAUGUCUGACGAUUAUUCUGACGUGACACUAUUAGUUGCCGGACAACGAUUUACUGCUCACAAAGUUAUUUUGGCAGCUAGAAGUCAAUAUUUUCGAGCCUUAUUAUUUGGCGGUUUACGUGAAACAACUCAACAAGAAAUUGAACUCAAAGGCACAACUUUGCCUGCUUUUAAAGGUCUUUUGAAAUAUAUUUACACCGGGCAUAUGUCCUUGGCCAACCAACGAGAAGAGGUGAUUCUCGAUAUUCUGGGUUUGGCACAUCAGUAUGGAUUUUUAGAAUUAGAAGUUGCAAUUUCCGAUUACCUCAAAGAAAUUCUCAAUAUUAGAAAUGUUUGCUUGAUAUUUGAUGCAGCGCGUCUUUAUCAAUUGGAAUUUUUGACAAAGGUAUGUCAUGAAUACUUGGAUAAGCACGCCCUUGAAGUAAUUCAGCACGAAAGCUUUUUGCAAUUAAGUUUACCAGCACUUAUAGAACUCAUUUCCCGUGACUCCUUUUAUGCUCCGGAAGUCGACGUGUUCUUGGCUGUUUACGCUUGGGUGAAAGCAAAUCCCGGUAUAGAAGUGAAGGAAAUACUGAGUCAAGUGAGACUCUCGUUAAUUGCAAUUACGGAUUUGUUGAAUGUAGUGAGACCCACAGGUUUGGUUUCGCCUGAAAUGAUAUUAGAUGCAAUUGCAGAAAGUACACAAACAAAGGAUACGGAAUUAAAUUAUCGAGGAUGUUUGAUGAUCGAUGAAAAUGUCGCACAAGCGAAGCAUGGUGCACAAGUUUUACAGGGGGAAAUGAGAUCUUUUCUUCUCGAUGGCGAUACUCGAAAUUAUGACAUGGAACGAGGAUACACAAGGCAUUCCAUAACGGAUUUACAAGAUCAUGGAAUUCUUAUAAAAUUGGGCACUCAGUGUAUAAUAAAUCAUAUAAAAAUGUUGUUGUGGGAUCGAGAUGUCCGCUCUUAUUCCUAUUACAUUGAGAUUUCAAUGGAUCAAAAAAGUUGGGUUAGAGUUAUAGACCAUACGCAAUAUUAUUGCAGAAGUUGGCAGUAUUUGUACUUUGAACCGCGUGUUGCACUUUACAUCCGGAUUGUUGGAACGAACAAUACGGUUAAUAAAGUUUUUCACGUCGUCAGUUUUGAGGCGUUUUAUACCAAUCAUUUAGAGAAACUUUGCAAAGGUUUCAUUGUACCAACUUUAAAUGUCGCUACAACGGAGAGAAGCGCUUGUGUUACCGAAGGUGUCAGCAGAUCACGUAAUGCUUUACUGGACGGCGAUAUGUUAAAUUACGAUUGGGACAGUGGUUACACUUGUCAUCAAUUAAAUUCUGGACUCAUUCAAAUUCAACUUGGUCAACCUUAUAUGCUUGAUUCCAUGAGAUUACUUUUAUGGGACUGCGAUGAUAGAUCUUAUUCAUAUUAUGUCGAAGUUUCCGGUGACUCAAAAAAUUGGCAAGUUGUUUGCGACAAAACGCGGGAAGCUUGUCAAUCCUGGCAGACGAUAAGAUUCCAUCCAGCGCGACCUGUUGUCUUUAUCAAUAUUGUGGGGACCCGAAACACAGCGAACGAAGUAUUUCACUGCGUUCAUUUCGAGUGUCCAGCACAAACAGAAGAUGAAAAAACAGUGAAAUCCCCAGGCAGACGAGGAAAGCAAUUACCCUCUGGCGUUGAAGUGAAUUCAAUGCCAACAGAAACUGCAACCGAAGCUGUAAAUAUUGACCACGAGGAGAAAGAUUUGAUGGAUGAGGCGGCACUCGCUGUCGCUGUACCUUAAAUUAAACACUGACAAUUCUAAAUUCUAAGCAGCAACGUUAAGACUGUUAAGUAAUAACGUUUGUAUACGAUAUUUGCCUUCUUUGCUCCAAUAUAUGUUAAAUAUCGUUGAUUUAUAAUAUUUUGCACAUCGAGGUAAAAAAAAGUCACUUAAUUUAUUAAAAUACGAUUUUUAAAGAAAAAAAAAAGUCUACAACAAGGAUAAAAAAGAAACAAAACGGGUAUCAAAGAUUAGUGCCAUUGUAUAAUCGUUUUUAUUUUAGCGAAAAAGUAUUUCGUUUGUUAAAAUGUUGUUCGUUACUUAAAUACUUUUUAUUACAUUUUUUUGUCACUUAUUUUUUUUUUUUUUUUGUAAAUGUUUUAUGUAUUAUACAUAGAUUUUCUAUUUAAAAAAACUGCACUUAUUUAAAAUUGCUUGUUGAUAUAAAUCAUAUGUGUAAUUAUUUUUUUAUAUUUUCUUUUUGUUUUCAAGUGAUCAAAUUGGAAAAGAAUUUUUGGGGAAUUGAAUUUGAUGAAAAAGCCAGUCGCUUAGCUUUGCUACUUUUUCAACAUGGGAUUGAACUUUGUUUUUUUAAAAUGAUUAUGAAUCUAAAAUAUUGACUUGGGUUAGAAUUGAAGGAACUGAAGAAUGACAAAAAAAAGUAGAAUUUUAAAUUUCACAAUUUUAUAUAUAAUAAUUGAUUAUUAAUAAUAGUUAAUGAAUAAUUAGUGCUAAUUAGUUCUAAUUAAUUAUUGAAAAUUAUUGACGAUCGUUAAUAUUAAUUAUUGUUAAUUAUUGAUAGUUACUAAUAGAUUUUCAUAAAAUUGUAUUUAUUAAUUUCGUAAAAAUAUUUAUCAUGAAAUCUUAAUGUAUAGGAAGGAAAAAAAACAAUGAUAUUAAGUUCUUGUGAAUAACACAAUAGAUUUUCUGUGAUAAAUUUUUAACUACAUAAAUAUUAUAAAGAUAUAAAAGGCAGAAGAAGAUUUUAUGUGUUUAAUUAAAAUUCACAAAACAUCGACUUGUGGGACCGAAGAAAGUUUUUUUCUCUGAUUAAAUAAAAAAAAAGACUUGAUGAGCUUAGAGCAAUUUCAUUAUUGUAGCUCUUGUCCAUUUUUUCUUGUUCCUUAAUAUUAUAACCGAAGAUCAACGCUUUAAAUUUGAUAUUAUUAGAUAUAUACAGUAAAGAAAAAAAAAAUUUAUGUAGAAAUUAUUUAUUUCGGUAAAAUUUUGAUGAGAGAGUAUUUCCUAUUUCGUCUACUUAGGCUUAGGUAGAAUGUUUAUUUUUCUAGUCUUCUUCUAUUAUAGAAUAUGUUGUAGUUGUGUGGUAUAAAUAAUAUUGUUAAACAAAAUUAAUAAACAGUCUUGAUGUCUCGCAAAAAAAA